UCACAAAUUAACUAUACAAAUUGUUCAACACCAAUCUAAAAAACUCAAGAAAAUUGAAGUAAAUCACAAAUUAUCCAUAAAUAACAUGAUUAAUUGAAAGCUUCUUCCUUUCAAUUAAGUUUCUUCAUUCUCCACUCGAUAGCAUCAACUUCAUUCCACACAAUUAGAAAGAAAAAAUUAGCAUGUCUCCACAAACAUAAAUAAGAUUAGUUGUUUAGAAUAUUAGAUAUACCGAGAAAAUUAAUUAUAUGGGUCUGGACGGGUACCCAUGGGCCGGGUUUACCUAAACCCAACUCGGUGAAUAGUAAAUGGGUUAAAACUCAAACCCGGCCCAAACCCCGUCAACACGGAUUUUACCCGCGUUGACCGGGUUGGGUCGGAUGGGUACCUGUGGGUUCGGGUUUUGUUGCCAUCCCUAGCUCUGAUCAUAUACCCAUACAGAUAAAGCUGAAUUUGGAGGAAGGAGAGAUUACUUGGGGGUGGAGCUUCAGAUAUGAACCAUAUUGGGAAAAGCAUGAAGAUUGUAGCAAAAUAAUACAAGAUGGGUGGCUGGCACAUCCAAGUCUUGGAAUAAUGGAUCGGAUAAAAAAUUGUGAAAAUAGCAAGGUUUAAGUCAUUCUCGUCUCUCACCUAAUCUCUUAUUAUUUUCAUAACACCAAAAAACAAACACCAGUAUUAGGAUUUUCUCAAGAAAUAGCACUGUUUAAAAAAAAUUACAAAAGUAGCACCCAAUCCCGAAGAAUGCCAAAGAUAGCACCCUUUCUAAAAAACCGCCACCCCACCCCGCAAUUUACACGAAAAUCGUUGAGUGGGGGCGCGGUGUUCAACAAAAACCGCUUUGGUUUGGUGCAGUUUUCCAAACCGCUUGGGUGAUGGGCGGUUUUGUCCUAUUUUUUUCCGAUUAGUCCUAACCUAGGUGGAAACUUUAAACGAACGUAUCUUUGUGCUCGGGUAUCCGAUCGUGGUAAAUUUUUUUGAUCCUGCAUAGCUUUUUGAGAUCUUGCAAGCCGUAAAUCGCUAGCAUUCGUCGCGAAAAUACGUUUCUUGCUACCUCGAACGAGCUUUUUUCCGAUUUCGCCAAACUUCGAACGACCAUAACUUUGUGCUCUGUAAUCCGAACGUGAUGAAAUUUUGUUUGAUUCUGCAUAAAAUUUCAAGGACUUUGGAGCACAAAGUUAUGACAGCCCAAAGUUUGACGAAAUUGAAAAAAGCUCGUUCGAGAUAGCAAACGAUGUUUUUUCGCGACGAAAACGGGCGUUUUCUGGCUUGCAAGAUCUCAAAAAGUUAUGCGAGAUAAUUUUUUUUUGCUACGAUCGGAUACCCGAGCACAAAGAUACGGUCUUUUGAAGUUUCCACCUAGGUUAGGAAUAAUCGGAAAAAAUAGGACCAAACCACUGGGUGGCCCAGCGGUUUUGAACCAAACCGUCCCAGACCAAAGCGGUUUUUGUUGAAAACUGUGCCCCCACCCAGCGCUUUUCGUGUUAACCGCAAGGUGGGGUGGCGGUUUUUGAGAAAUUGUGCUAUUUUUGUAAAAAAAAGUUAAACAAUGCUAUUCUAAAAAAAUCAUAGUAUUAGUCGUCUCUCAGCCUCCAAUUCGUCAAAUUAAACAUUAUCAAUGUCAAGAGCACGUCUCCUCUAUUCUCCUUAUCCAUGUCCUAUCUCUAGGCAACUCAAGGGGACCGGAUCAUGUCAGUAUCUUUGCUAUCAGUAAUUGUCAGUAAUCCAAUCAUCUGUCCCCACGUGUCAGCUUUUUCUUUUUAUUUAAAUUAAACACGGAGGGGCACUAAGGUAAAAUUGCACCCUAUUUAAUGAUGACGCUGACGCGCUGACGGUGACUUUUUGACCAGACGCGGAUCCCAUUCCCCCACCCCACACUGGUUGUCUGGUUCCCCCUCUCUCUCACUCUUUGUUUUAUUUUAUUAUUAAAAGAAAAAAUAUAUAUUAUUUCUUCUCUCUCCCGUCUACAACAAAAAUGAAUCUAACCAUCCUAACUAUCCCUAAACUAAUUCCAGCUCAAAUUGAAUGAUGAUUUUUUCGUUAAAUAAUACAUUUUUAAAAACACUAAUUACAGGUAUAAAUAUGAUUAUCACUUUCUACUAUCAUGGUAAAACAUGGUAAAAUAUGUUGAAGAAAAUUACGAUUCUAACUACCAUACAAUACCACAUGGUAAAACGUGGUAAAACAUGGCAAAAUAUGUUGAAGAAAAUAAAAAAAUCUAACUACCAUACAAUACCACAUGGUAUAACGUGGUAAAACAUGCUACAGAAAUUUACAAAUCUAAUUACCAUACCAUACCAUAUGGUAUAACAUGCUAAAAUAAAAUUACAAAUCAAACUACCACCACAUGGUAUAACUUGGUAAACCAUGCUACAGAAAAUUAUAAAUCUAACUAGCAUACAAUACCACCAUAGUAGAACAUUGUAAAUCAAAGGACCACAAAUUAAUUAUAAUUACCAUAUAAUACCACAUGGUUUGAGAAGGUAAGACCAUGUAAAUCUAAUUACAACCCUCUACGACCAUAGUAAAAACAUGAUAUUCAUAAAAAUACAUUUCGUUACCACACAUUACCAUAUGGUAUAGACACAUUACCAUAUGAUAUAUACACAUUACUAUAUGGUAUUUAAACAUUACCAUAUGCUAUAGUGUGGUAAUCUCAAUAUAUAUAUAUAUAUAUAUAUAUAUAUAUGGGUCAGACUGGUGUACGUUAGGCGUAUACUAUACGUCAGGUACUACUAGUGAGAUAUCUAUAUCUAGACCAUGAAUUAAAUCGAGUUUGGGGUAUGAUACUAUACCCUAACCUCUAAUGGAUAAACCCCAGGCACCGAUUUUCUAAACCCCAACCUGAAGUUUGAUUUAAUGAAAAACAAAAAUUGACCGUUGAGAUCGACCGGAGCUCAUCUAAGUACAUCUAACGGCUAGAUCACCUGACGUAUAGUAUACGCCUGACGUACACCAGUCAUCACCAUAUAUAUAUAUAUAUAUAUAUAUAUAUAUAUAUAUAUAUAUAUAUACACAAUUACGACUUUCUUCACUUUCUUCUCUCCUUUCAUUGUCUUCUAACUCUUCUUUCUCGGAACUGGUGCCGAUUACCACCCACUACCACCAUGAUAAAACUCGUGACUAUAAAAAUACAUUUAGUUAGCACACAUUACCAUAUGGUAUAGUGUGGUAAUAUCAAUAUAUAUUCUCAAAGAAGGGGAAACAGAAGGAGGAAGGGAAAUUUUUUUUUGUCUUUUGUCUCCUCUCAUUUACUCCUCCGCAAUCAAGAACACCAAAUGCAAAAAGAAAGAAAAAGAGGAAGAAGAUCGGAAUUAAUUCACAAACAAAUACUAAAACACAAAAGAUGCAAACUCAACUCACCUAGAUCUGUCCCCUCUUUGACAAUAUGGAGCAUCAUCGAUUUUGAGGCCGAGAAAAGAAAAAAACAGAAGGAAGGAGCAGGUUGAGAAAAGAAGGAUUUGGAGCGUCACCGAAUUUGAGGUGGGAGGCUGAAAUUUCUUCAUUGAUUAUUGGAGAAAAAAUGAAGAACAAGGAAGAAAGGAGAUUUAGAUUUGGAAAAAAGAGUUUGGAAGAGAGAAAGAAAGAGAGAAAGAGAAAAGAGAGAGGAAGAGAGAAGUUUGCUCUUCUCUUUCCUCUUUCCUCCAUUAAAAGACAAACAUAUAAAUGCUGGAAAAAAAAAAGGAAAGAAAUCAAAUUUCAAAAAUCGGACAAAAAUGCCCCUCCUCACUCCGCGUGCAGCCCAACCAUAUAAUAAUGUCAUCCCUAAAUUUACGGUCCGGAUUUAAUACUGACAGGUCAGUAACCAUUGGUUACUGACUCUAUCCUCUGCCCAACUCAAGACUCUUUGCUUAGUCUAUUUGUUUUAAAUUUAACAAUCAAAUCUAAUUUAUAUAUUUAAUUAUUAAUUGCAAAGGUGAUUAAUUUCAUAUUCGAUAAUACCGAUUGAGAUACCGAAUAUUUAGAAAUUGAGAUUGAGAUUGAUUUUUGGAAUUCCAGUAUUUGGUAUUGAAAUACCAAUAUCGUACUGAUUUUCACCACUACCUACGACUACUAAUGAAGGAACUUACUUCAUUUUUUUUUUUACUAAAGAAUGUCAAUUGUUUUCUGUUUAGUUUAAACCCGCAAAAUUUGCGGGAGACACCACUAGAGUUUAAUUAAAUAUAUGUUGCCAGUUUAUGCGGAUCGCAAUAGACCAACGCAGACUGGGACUGCCUAUUCCCCAAAUCUCGAUGGAAUGCUCCUCUUUUUGCUCACUCACUCACUCACUUCCAUUUUUUUUACUGUGCCUUGCCUUCUUUUAUUUUGCGUCGUUUUAACUUUUAACAGUCAAACUCCGCUACCGCUACAUACGAAUAUAAUGCAAGCUGGUAAAGUAAAGUUUUUAUUAUUUGAAUCCCAGUGCACAGAGUGGACUUUUGGUUAAUGUGAGAAGAAAAAUGGAGCCUGCCCGGGAGACGCGGAUCUAGCUAUAGAGUGCAGUGCAGUCGCCGCCGCGGUUUCCCACCGUCCUGAAUGUGCCAAUCAUUCAAUGCGAGGCACAGAUAGGAAGCUUUACUUUUCUGCACAUAAAUUAGUAGGUGAGUAAAUUCCGGCGAGCAAACUCUAGUAAUUAAAUUCAAUCAAUGCAUUUUUAAUUUCUUGAACAACAAAAAUCAAUACGGUGCACACCUCUCCGAAUAAACUUCGAACAAUCGUAACUUUGCGCUCGCUUAUCCGAUCGACACACAUAGCGGCGGAUCCAGAAUAUAAGAGAGCACUGGGCCGCAUUUGAAUAGAAUAUUAUAUACCAUAAACAAAAAUAUAUAAUAAUAUAGUUUUCAUUACAAUGUCAAUUGUACAAGAAAGUCUUUUAAUUUAGCAAAUUCAUCAAUAAUAUAAUCUCCAUUCAUACUGAUAAUAUACUCAUUUCAAAGAAAAUAGCUAAGUAAUCAACGUGAAAUUCAUCGCUCAUUUUGUUGCACAAAUCAAUGUUCAUGUUCCAUUGCUGAAAAUAUUCUCUCCAUGGUAGUUGUUGAAACGGCUAGGUCAACACUAGACAAAUCAACCGAGAAAUCAAUUUGUAUUAUGUGUCCAUCCCUGUUUCCUCCAGCUUCUCUAAUAAUUUUGCAAGAGAAGAAACUUCAUCUUCCUCACAUGAGUAGUGCGUUCUCCAAAGAAUGCAUCUCAUAGCAUUCAAAGUCUCGAGGCUAAACUGUUGAGCAAGUUUGUAAAUAUUUUCUUCAUCAAAACACCAAAAAGAACGGUUAGAAUCUAGUGCCCCACUCAAUUGAGGCAAUCUAAAUGAUGACUCAGGAAGUUUGUAAAUAUUUUCUUAAUCAAAAGAAUGGAAAGAAAACCAGCUCGACGGGUUGGUGGAGAAAUCCAUUUUGGGUAUGCUCGUCUCCUAGUUCUUGUUUUGUUUUGGGGGAAUUGGGAAAUUUUUUGAAUUUUUCAAGGAAGGGUGUGCUUUAGUUUAGAGGUUUUAUUUUUUAUUUUAAUGAAACUUACACUUUUAGGUUUUCAUGUCUUUUUUCAAAUAAAGUCAUUGGGGCUAUAGAAAAUGUAUUAUAAAUUUAGAGUAAUGGUUUGGAUAUGUUCAUCUAAACCAUUUUUCUAGUUACACAAAAUCCUAUUAUCAAAUAAAACUAAACAGGAAUUUAAAUAGCAUUGGGCCAAAUACCUAAAUCGAAAAAUUUUAUGAGCACUAAACUAACUCUGGAUCCGAAGGAAAGUUGGGCCGGGGCCUGGGGUGGCCCAGCCCUGAAUCCGCCACUGGACACACAAACUAUAUUUUUCAUUUUGCAUAACUUUUCAAGAAUUACAACUUCUAUUAUAGAAGUUCAACAAUAAAUGUGCUGAUUUUCUAGCUAGCCGCGGGCAACCCCUUUGGUGUUUCACUCUGUGUCUAUUUCAUAUCCUGCUCUUUGUCAAUUCCUUUUGUAUGACUGUCAAUGUCUCCCAGAGCCUCGUAUUAUAAAAGUUAUAUGCGGAAAGUUGAAAAUUAAUGUAAAGUUCGCUGGAAUUGAUCGUGAUCUAGAUUGACUCGCUUUAGUCUCUAGCAAUUUGGCUAAAAAUCGCUUUAAGUCUAUAAUGAUCGGGCACUUAUAACAUUAAACACCAGAGCUGCUCCAAACUUGUAUAUUAUACUAUUAAUUUGUUUUGUGCAAGUGUUGUAUAUUAGGAAUAUUUUUAGCAAGUCUUACAAUCAGAAUUAAAAAUAAAAAAGAUCCAACACUUCUCUAUCCUUGCUACUUCACUCCACAAUUAUAUGUUUCCCUUCAAUUCAAAGGGAUCCAAGCACACACAAAAAAAGAAAUACAAAUCAUAGAGAAAUGGAGUCUCCACGUAAACCGAAAGCUCUGUCAACAAACCUCUUCUUCCUGUUCCUUCUCCUCUCCACCAACCUCAUCACUCUCUUCCUCUCCUCCACCUUCUACUCAUCCUCCUCCUGCUCCCUCUCCUCCGCCGCCACCACUCUCAUCCCUUCCUCCGGUGGAGACUCAUCUUCAACCCCGCCACAACCGCUUCGCACCUCCCAAUCAAUCGCUUCCACCGAUGAGGAGGAUCUUCCGGCGGAGUUCAUCGCCUUCACCUCCGGCCAGGUCCUGCCCUUCGGCUUCAACACCAACUUCGACUCGGACAAGAUCUACCCGCCGGUGGGGAGCUCGUGCAGCCGGUUCCCGGAGGAGCUCCGGCGGUUCAUGUCGUACGAAGUCAACGGGUCGUGCCCCGACGACGAGCUGCUCGCCCAGAAGCUGCUCCUGAAAGGGUGCGAGCCGCUGCCACGGCGGAGGUGCCGCCCCGCCACCCAGAACCACUGCGUGGAGCCGUACCCGCUGCCGGAGUCGCAGUGGAAGACUCCGCCUGACUCCUCCGUCGUCUGGACAGCCUACACUUGCAAAAACUACCAGUGUCUCAUAGACAGGUACAUAAAGCAAAAGGGGUUCGACGAUUGCAAGGACUGCUUCGACCUGAACGGCCGAGAGAGGAGCCGGUGGGCGUCCAGCAAGAUCGUCCCGGGCAGCCUCGACUUCACCAUCGACGAGGUCCUCUCCCUCCGCGCCCCGGGCACCGUCCGCAUCGGCCUCGACAUCGGCGGCGGCGUGGCCACGUUCGCCGUCCGGAUGAAGGAGCGCAACGUGACCGUCAUCACCACGUCCAUGAACCUCAACGGGCCCUUCAACAACUUCAUCGCGUCGCGCGGGGUGAUCCCCAUGUACGUCAGCAUCUCGCAGCGGCUGCCCUUCUUCGACAACACCAUGGACAUCGUCCACUCCAUGCACGUGCUCAGCAACUGGAUCCCCACCACGCUGCUCCACUUCCUCGUGUUCGACGUCUACCGGGUGCUCCGGCCCGGCGGCCUCUUCUGGCUCGACCACUUCUUCUGCGUCGGGGACGAGCUCAGGGACGUGUACGGGCCGCUCAUCCGCAGCGUUGGGUUCAGGAAGGUGAAGUGGGUGGUUGGGAGGAAGCUUGACCGUGGGGAGGAGCUCAGGGAGAUGUACCUGUCUGCUCUGCUUGAGAAGCCCUUGGACAACUCUUGGUGAUGAUGAUUAUUAAGGGCUGAUCAUCAUUGACCUUGAUUUAAUAUAUGUAGUUUUGCCCCCAUAUCUUGAUUUUGUUUAAUGUGGGAUUUUUAUAUUUAAGGGUGUAGUUUGGUAGCUGUUACAUUUGCAAUUUAGCACUUCUACUUCAUUUGUCUUUUUUUUUUAAAUUAUAAUUAUAAUCCGUUUUUGCUUAAUUUCAUUUGUCUUAUCCAAUAAACUAAAGUGGAAAGCGAACUUACAAAACCAGUUGCACUUUUCUUCUCCUACUAAUGUAGUAUUUCCUUUAAUUCUUUUGACUACUCUAACACCCUUUAAGUCUUAUUUCCUUUAAUUUAUAGCCUUAUAUGACGCAAGAAUUACAAUGAGACAAUUGGGUCAAUGAUCAUGUACCCAAUUUUCCUCCUACCAAGCUAAGGUAGGAAAAUAUCCCAAGUUACACAUGUUUUUCAAAAAAAUUCGCAAAAUACACAUGCUAUGAAAAAAAAAUUCCCAAUCUACGCAUGUUUGGGCCUUCACCGCGGCAGAGCAAGGCGGUGAUUGCACAAUCACCGCAUGAAAGAAGAGCGAUGAUUGCAUCACCGCAUGUGAGGAGGGCGUGAUUGCAUCACCGCUGUAGAGGAAGGCGGUGAUUACAACACCACUGUAGAGGAAGGCGGUGAAAGCCUGACCUGCGUCGAAACUUUAAACGAACGUAACUUUGUGCUCAGUUAUCCGAUCGUAGCAAACUUUUUUUUGAUUCCGUAUAAUUUUUCGAGAUCUUGCAAGCCGCAAACCACCGCCUUCGUCCCAAAAAAAUGUCGUUUGCUACCCCGAACGAGCCUUUUUUCAAUUUCGUCAAAACUUUGAACGACCAUAACUUUGUGCUUGACAAUCCGAAAAUCAUGAAUUUUUUUUAUUUCACAUAACUUUUUAAGGACUACAAUUAUUAUCAUAGACAUAAUUUCGUAAUGUACUUGGAUUCCUGAAAAGGGAAGGUAAAGUUAUUCACAAAACCCUGUAUAUCCAAAAAUAAUUCAUUUUUUGAAAAUUCUCUCCUACUAAAAAUUGUAGCCCUUAAAAAGUUAUGUGAAAUAAAAAAAAUUAAUGAUUUUCCGAUGUGGAGCACAAAGUUAUGGUCGUUCAAAGUUUGACGAAAUCGAAAAAGGCUCGUUCGGGGUAGCAAAUGACUUUUUUCGGGACGAAGGCAGGACCAAAAAUCCUACGGCGUUUGCAGCUUGCAAGAUCUCAAAAAAUUAUGCGGAAUAAAAAAAAAUCGCUACGAUCGGAUAACCGAGCACAAAGUUACGUUUGUUUAAAGUUUCGACGGAGGUGAGGCCUUCACCGCGGCCGUGUAAUGCGGUGAAGCAUUCAUCGCCUUCCUCUACAACGGGGUUGCAAUCAGUGCCCAAUCACCUCCCUCCUCUCAAGCAGUGAUUCAAUCACCGCCUUGCUCUGCCGCGGUGAAUAUCCAAACAUGCGUAGAUUGAGAAUUUUUUUCAUAACGUGUGUAUUUUGAGAAUUUUUUGUACAAACAUGUGUAACUUGGGAAUUUUCCAGCUAAGGUAGGUAAACCAAAUGGCCAUGUAAUGGACCACUUAGCUCAAUUCUCAAAUUAGACACGAGUAAAUCAAUGAUCAUGUAUUUAACCACAUAUUCCAAUUGAGUCUAGGCCAUGACUUGAACCAAGUGAAUUGUAACCCUUAUCAUGGGUCAAUAGCCAAACAUCAGUUACACAUUAGGCAGGUAAAUGAUAAUCAAAAGUCAAAACCACCGGUUGGAGGUGAAUUACUAGUAACAAUUUCAUUCAAAUCAUAUCAAAAUCCUUUACAAUAAGUUAGAAAGUUCUAACCCCAAGAAUCAAUGGAAUUAUCCCAUAAAAGAAGAAGAAAUACAAAAGGGGAGGCCAUCUUUUACCAGUCUUCGAAUCUAGAACUUCAAGCUUCCCAAGAUGUGAGCACCACCUACUUCUUCUCCAAGCUUUCUUCUCUUAUUUGUCAGCGAAAACCCUGCCUCUCUUCUCUUAAGUGUAUUGGAAAUGUCAAAUGGAGAUCCUCUUCCUUAAAAACAAGUAUUUGUUAUUAUAAGCAUGGGGACUAUUAUGAGAACAAACCAAGUAUCACAUCGGUAAUACAAGGGAAGGAACCAUUGUAUAUUAGUGUCCACCAAGCUCAUUAGUACGAGCCUUUUGGGAAGGAAAUCCAAGAGAAAAACCGUGUGGGCUUUGCCCAAAGCGGACAAUAUCAUACUAAUUGAGUUGCCCGAUUUCGACAUGUGGUAUCAGAGCCUGGUUCGAUUCGGGUCGGUGGACGCCGGUUUGGUGGGACCCUCAUUUGGUGGCAUCGGGAUUUGAGAUUCGUGCGGGUCAAAGGUGAUUCGCGUAUGUUUGGUGGAUCCAGGAGAAAUCCACGUUUCAGCUUGGCGGAUCAAAGAGAGUUCCGCAUUUAGGAAGCAGAUCAAAGAGAGUUCUGCAUCUGUGAAAAUCCUUGUACCCAGAAGCCCAUCGAUACAAGGUGUCUAGCGGAUCAAGAUAAUCGCCGAGGAGAGAACACAAAGUUGGUGGUCCUUGUCUUGAGGGGAGGAUUGUUAUGAGAACAAACCAAGUACCACAUCGGUAAUACAAGGGAAGGAACCCUUGUAUAUUAGUAUCCACCAAGCUCAUUAGUAUGAGGCCUUUUGGGGAGGAAACCCAAGAGUAAAAUUGUGUGGGCUUUGCCCAAAGCAAAAAAUAUCGUACAAAUUGAGCAGCCCGAUUUCGACAAGUGGUAUCAGAGCCUGAUUCGGUUCGGGGCGAUGGACGUCAGUUUGGUGGAACUCUCAUUCGGUGACCUCAGGAUUUGAGAUUUGCGUCUAGUUUGGUGGAUCCACGAGAGAUCCAUGUUUGGGAUACAUCUGGUUUGGCGGAUCAAGGGAGGUCUGCGUCUGUCUGGUGGAUCUAGGAGAGAUCCAUGUUUGUUUGGCGAAUCAAAGAGAGUUCCAUGUCUGGGAAAAUACUUGUAUCGAGAAGCCUAUCAAUACAAGGCGUCUGGCGGAUCAAGAUAAUCGUUGAGGGGAGGACGCAAAGUUCGUGGUCCUUAACUUGAGGGGAGGAUUGUUAUGGGACAAUCCAAGUACCACAUCGGAAAUACAAGGGAAGGAACCCUUGUAUAUUAGUGUCCACCAAGCUCAUUAGUACAAGGCCUUUUGGGGAGGACACCCAAAAGUAAAACCGUGCGGGCUUGGCCCAAAGAGGACAAUAUCGUACUAAUUGAGCUCCCCAGUUAUGACAGGGACGGACGGGUUCACGAGUUGAGAUCACGAUCUUGAAAUUCCAAGAGAUCCAGUAAACUCCCAAAACAAUGUUGCACUGCCAAAGUUGACUGUUGAAUUUGAAGAUUGUGGUCUUUAACUCUUCAACCAUGACUAUACAUAUAGCAAAGGCUAGCAUACGUCAGGCGUACACACUUGUUAUUUACACUUCAAUAUAUUUCGCUGAAUCAGAACAAUUUUAUAUAUAUACUGAUGGUUCUAUCAUACCUUGAGCAAAAUCAAAGUAUGGCAUACUAUAUGUUAGAAAAUGAUAUCUACACUUCGACUUGAUUGGAGUUUGGGAUAUGGUAUUGUACCCUAACCCUUAAUGAUUAAACUCUAGGUUUUAAUUAUAUAUAUGGGGAGUUCUACGGUACCCAGGGUGAAAUCCGGGGUACCGCAUACCUUGAGUAGGAAAACGCUAUUCAGAACUUGAAUUGACUGAUCUUUCGGACAUGAUACUAUACUCUAACCCUUAAAGAUCAAAAUCUAGGUCUUAAUUCUCUAGAUCUUAUACCCCAAGAUCAAUUUAAUUAGAAACAAUAAUCGACGGUUAUGAUUCUUCCAAAUAUAGGCAAAAAUAUCAAUGCACAAUCUUAGGGUUUAUAGUUUAUGAUUUAGAUAAUUAGAACCUAUGGUUCACUCAUUAAGGGUUAAGGUAUAGUAUCAUCCCCAAAAAUCCUGCUAAUUCAAGGUCUAGAUAGCGUUUUCAUACUCAAGGUAUGCGGUACCCCGGAUUUCACCUGGGGUACGGUAGAAGGCACCAUAUAUAUAUAUAUAUAUAUAUGGGUCAGACUCGUAUGCUCCAGACGCAUAGCAUGCUCCAGAUUCUCUACACCGUUGAUCUAAUCUAACGACAUUUAUUAAUACUAAUUAAAUUACAUGUAAUUUACUAUUUAAAGACUAUUAAAUGGUUCCAUUAUUUUCUCAUACGUGCUAUUUAAUUCCUAUACAUAUUUUGACAUAUCAAUUUUAUAAUACCUAAUUUUUUUCCAAUCAUAACUUAAUCCCCAAUUUUGGCAUUGUCUACAUUUGUAUUUUGUUUCUUCUCAGACUGUCAAGGCCAACUCCAAAUCCUUUCACGUUUCCUCUUCAUCUUGGUGGGUGAACCUUCUCCUCCCCCUUGGGCCUUGGCGAUCAUCAAAUCUAUCCCUAGCCGUCUCAUAUCGUCGAUCACUGGAAUUUUACACAUCCUGUAUAUCCCUCUCUUCGGAUAAUUUCCAGUUCAUCUCUCCGUCACCGCCACCACAUUACUCUCGACGAUCUCCGUCAGAAGUUCUCCCUAUACAGAAACUCAAGAUACGGAUCCCGUUGCGGCUGUUGCGUCUCCUUCCCCAAUGCCCCCUUCGUGUCCGAGAGAAAGACAUUCAGUUACAUGAGGCGAUUUCACAGUCUAAUUCCAUCAAGAACCCUAGGUAUAGUUUAAUCAGAAUUGGACAUCUGGAUCUCUAGGAAUAGUUCAAUCAAAAUUGGAAUAAAGCUACCACCCCAAACCACUAUUCCCAUAUCAAUUCACAAAAAUUUAUUCCAUAUAAGAUGGCCAACGAAUCCCCCAAACUGAUAAUGGACAAAUAACAGAGGGGAGAGCAGCAUGGUGAACCAAAAAAACAAAUUAUCUCCCCACAAUAAGUGCGCCCGCUGCUGUAGACGUGUAGAUGUUGUUGUGGAUCGGAGAUGACAAUUCCCGGCGAUUUCCUAAUCCUCCGCCGCCUUCCAAUCUUUUGUAUAUAGGGACGACGACUAGUCGACUACGAUGACGGUGUAUCAAACAUCAGCUUCGGUUUUAUUUACUCAAUUAUACAAUACAAGAUGAUUAUUCAUUGUUGGGGGAUUUUAAUGGACGUAUAAUUAUUUACGGGUGUAAUUAGUAAUUGUAAUUAUUAAUAAGAAAUUAGUUAAUUAUAAAUAAUAAUAGCCAUAGAUUAUAUCAAUGGUGGAAAGGCAUGGAGCGUACUAUGCGUCCGGAGCAUACGAGUCGUAUCCAUAUAUAUAUAUAUAUAUAUGGUGGUGUCUUCGGUGCACUCACUUUUUUGGGUGCAUUCAGUGCACUCGCUUCAUAAUCGUCAUUUUAAACAUGCGAUUUAUGUCAAAAUGAUGCCAAUCAUCACUUAUGAUGUGAUGAACAAUAACGUACAUGAAUUUGCACAAAAACCAUUAAAGAUUUACUUUAAUU